AUGGCUCAUCAACAAGAUAUUGAAGCAACUAAAUGGGGAGAACAAACCUUUGGUGGACAUAAUUUCCAUAAAGAACAUGGUCAUCAUUCUACUGAUGUAUUAGAAACUAAGAUGAAACAAAGAAAACAUGUUUGGCUUGAAGAUGAUCAAUCAACUCAAAUAAUUGAAUACCUUUUCCCAAGAGAAUGGUAUUAUUUCUUCCGUAUUGAGAACACUUCUAACAGGAACAUCACGGUUACUUUCCGUGUCUUCGUUGUUCCCAUCGACUUAUGUAACAGUUUUAACGAAUGGAUCGAAAUCGACAAGUUUAAACAAGAGAAUUGCAGAACCGUUGUUGCACGUGAUUGUGAUCACGAUACAGCAAUUACGGCCGGAACAAAGGAUAAAGAAUCUGACGAAGAACUGACGAAGAAUAAUAUUGUGACUGCGGAUGGCCAUUCCAUUUGCGAUUGGGAGAAAGAUAAAGUUCCUCAAGUUACUAGAUGUGGUAGCUUGAGUUUCUGCGGUGCAGAAAGACCACAGGACAAAUAUCCUGAUGUUCGUCCAAUGGGCUAUCCAUUUGAUCGUCCUUUCAAAGACUGUUCUUUCGAAAAGACAUUUGCUGGGCUACACAAUACUGCCUCAAAAGAUGUUACCAUUCAUUGGGUUGAUAACUAUCCAGAUUGGUGUUAUUCUUUAAAUAUCCAAAAUAUUUAG